AUGAACCACCAACCUGUCGCUACCGCACCAAGCUACUAUCAUCAACACCUGUACGCUCCACAGCUUGCCCAUGGACACUAUCAUGACCCCGCGUACACUUCCGUGGGCUAUCGACCUUUGCAGCUGCCAACCCAGCAAGUGCAGCAGCAACAAUACGCCGAACAACAGCAUCAACAGCAACAGCUUUCACUAGCGGCGGCAGGGUACCAUCACCAUCCCGCCUAUCAAGCUCAGGCACAGCAGCAUAGUCAAGGACAAGUAUUGCCAGUUCGCACGCGACAGCAGGCUCGUCAGCAACAACAAGUAAUGGCCUACCAGGAGCAGACGCCUGAAGAGCUUGCCGAGUUGCAAAAGCUCAGCAAUGAAUACCAGCCGGAGACCAUAGGACCGCUCGUGGGCCAACGCGAGCCAUGCACGAAGAUCGCCACAGAGUACGCCACGGCUGACCCUGUCUAUCAAGCGAAGACAGCUGCACUACCACAAAAGUACUCACACUACCGUACUGUACGUGGCGAUGGACGAUGCGGGUGGCGAGCAAUCGCGUUCGGCUGGAUCGAAACCCUCAUCCACCAUGGAGAUACCAACCGCUUCUACGAGGAAGAAGCUCGACUUCGAUCCAUGUACAACAUCCUUGAGGCCGCGGGCUGGAACGCACUGCUUUACGAAGACUUUGCAGAUGAGGCUUUUGAUCUGUUGAGAGAAGUGGCUAAUGGUAUGCACAACGACACAGCUGGAGAUGUGCUCGUCGCAGCUUUCAACGAUGAGAUGAGACAGAACUAUAUCAUCACCUACGUUCGGAUGCUGGCGGCUGCCUGGAUGAAGACGCGACCUGGCGAGUAUGCACCAUUCGUGCUUGACAAGACGGUCGAUCAAUACUGCGACGACUCGAUCCUGCCAAUGGACAGCGAGAUCGAGAACGUAAGCUUGAGUGCACUGAAAGAUGUCCUCCUGUCACCCGCUGGCAUGGCCCUGGAAGUGCUCUACCUGGACCGUACAGAAGGCGGAGAGGUGAACAUGCAUCGCUUCGACCCUGUGAAUCCUCGUGACGGUGUAGCAAUCGGAACGAUCAGACUCCUAUACCGCCCUGGUCACUACGACAUUCUCUACAAAGCCGAGGACCUCCCUUACGUGGUGGAGCCGAUUACGUACCUCAACUUCGGCAGUCAGCCACACCAAGAACACGUCUUCGCAAUCAACCCUGGCAUGGACUACAUGAUGAACAUGCCUGGCGCAUCCCUUAUCAACCCGCAUCAGCAUUGGCUCUCUUACUCGAGCUACGACAGCGGGGUGUCAGACUUCUUCACCGCUCCCAACCCACAGCAGCAUUGCAUCCAAACUACACCAAACCCAGCUCCUGUGCCCACACCUGCACCUGUCGUUGCCUCUCAGCAGCAAAUUCAGCCUAUAAACAUCUACAUGCCACAAGCUGAACCACAGCUUAUGCCACCCCCACUUGAGCUGUCGCAGGAGCUCGCCAUACGCAGUCUACCACAGCCGCCUACGAUUACCUCUGGCUAUCAGCAACAACUCACGGGCCCGUUCAGACCAUCAGCGUGGCAGUUCGAGGAAGGCCUCGCGCAAGCAGCUUCGCAGCGGCCAUUCCAGACUUCCAUCUUCAAGAACUCUCCAUGGAACACGGCACAUUUCCGCAACCCCGACUUCCAACCGGAAGAGUGGCGACCGGACGACGAGUAUGUGGUGAUCACUAAACCACUGCGACACAAAACCAGCGGGUGA